CUUUCACUCACUGACAUAAAGCAGCAAGUCAUUUUUCUGCCUCAGCAAUGGAAGGAGUUGUUAUAAGACACUGGGUGGAAACACCUGUCCGUUAUCAGGCGCAGUUUGCUGACCAAGAGCUGGAAGCAUAUAAGCUGGAGCACUCUUUAUAUGCUUUGCCAGGCCCAUCCACAUCCUCCGUGAGAAUCAACAAGCAUGUAAUUGCAGCAGAGGAAAGCAGCACUGGGGAAAAUGAGCAAAGCUUUCAGGUCCUACUGGAUGUUGUGCAAUUCCGCCCUGAAGAUAUCAUCAUUCAGACUUUCGAAGGCUGGCUCCUGAUCAAAGCUCAGCAUGGACCCAGGAUGGACGAACAUGGUUUCAUAUCCAGAAGCUUUACUAGGCAAUACAAACUGCCAAAUGGAAUUGAAACAAAAGAUUUGUCUGCUGUCUUCUGUCAUGAUGGCAUUUUGGUUGUUGAAAUGAAGAAUGCUUCAGGAAUGAGUUAAUGUUUUGUUAACAAUCUUCUUCCUCGUGUAACCGUGUAAUGCUGUGCAAUAUAGUCAAGCACUUGGAGUUGUUGGUUUUAUUUCAAUGCAGAUAAGAACUAACCUCUGCACAUAUUUCUUGCUUUGUUGAAUUCUUGUUUGAUGUGAAAUGUAAGAUAAUCUGCCUCCAGCCAUGUAUGUGCUAGAUGGCUAUACUUAUUAUACAGCAGAAAAUACAAAGCAGCUGCAGAAAGUGAAAACUAUUUUGGAUACUGCUUUCUGAUAAGAUAUGCAGUACAAAGCAUGCAUACAGUGUUGAUAAAGAAAGGUUUCAUUUGUAAUAUAUAUUGACGAGGUGAAUAGUUAAAGAACAAUAGACGGCCCGCGAGUUCUGUGAAAAUUUAAUUUGCAUACUAGAAAAAUGGCAUGUUUGUAUUGAUUAAUAUUUAAUGUUGAACUCAACCUAUGUGAGAAGUCUAUAACCCACUAGGAAAAAAUCUGGUUUUCAAAUGUGUUUUUAAUAUUCACUUGAAAGUAUUCUUUUUCAAAGAAAGGGUGUUAUACUUAACAAAAUGAUAUAAACAAGGAGAGUUUUUUUGGAAAUUCGGUAUUUAGAAACAUACUACUUCUUGUUAAUGCCAAGUCAAAGUAACUUGAUGGAAAACUUUCAAGUCCAUUUUUUUUCUAAUUUGUAGUGGAUUUUUGUUUAAAAGUACCCUCACUAUCUCAGAGUAGAAGGAAAAUACUGCUUAAUAAUAAACUCUCAGAAGGACAACA